AUGUACGCAAAGGUGAAUGGAACUGCCCUUGCAACCGAUUGGAGAACUGCCUACUUCUAUUGCAAUGAACAACAAGGCACUCUCCUCUCAAUUCACAACACUUUUCAAAACAAUUUGCUUGCAGAUCUUCAAAAAAAUGUGACCGGCUAUGACGCGGAAUUUUGGUUGGGUGCUUUUCUGGACGCAAAUGGAAGUUGGGCUUGGACUGAUGAUACACCAUUUGACUAUCAGCGUUUUCAAUCAAGUGCGAACGGCGACUUUGCAACCCUGGACUCUAGAGAUCGUUUAUGGAAAAAGAGAACAAUGAUGCAAAAUAAAAAUUUCUUUUGCACGAGCUCGGUGUUGCCAAUGUCAACUCCAUCAAACUUAACCACUCAACCACCGCAAAACUGCAGAGAUGGUUGGCAGUAUUCACCGGAGACGGGUUUCCAAUAUUUGGUUCUUUAUGACACACGGGUUUCUGAUGCAGAAGCGAUUUGUCAAUCUCAAGGCGGUCAUCUUGCAUCUAUUCACAGCAAAGCUGAAAACGAUUUCAUUGCAGGUCUUUGCUGUGAAAAUGGAUGUGACAAUUUAUCGCAUGAUGGCGAUCUCGGCUGGUAUCUCGUUGGAGGAAAACUUAUAAAUGGAACAGUUCAAUGGAUUGAUGGGAGUCCGUCAGACUAUCAACAGAAUUCAUGCUACGGUUAUGCUAAUGGGAACUGGCUUAGGAUUACAAACUACGAUUUGAACUGCAAUUUUACCUUUUGCGGACGAGGAUCAUGGAGCUUCGAGGGCUAUGAUUGGAAUAUUGCACCGUAUACGAUUUGCAAAAAGAAA